AUAUAAAAUUUAUAAGGAAGAAAAACGCAAAUUGAAUGUCAAAAUGACUACAAUUGCGGAUUUGUUCACCAAAUACAAUUGCACAAAUUGCCAGGACGAUAUCCAAGGCAUACGUGUACAUUGUGCCGAGUGCGAAAAUUUCGAUCUCUGCUUACAAUGCUUUGCGACUGGCGCUGAGAUUGGCGCCCAUCAAAACAAUCAUGCAUAUCAGUUUAUGGACACCGGCACUGCAAUAUUGAGCGUAUUCCGUGGCAAGGGUGCGUGGACGGCACGUGAAGAGAUUCGCUUGCUGGACGCUAUCGAGCAAUAUGGCUUCGGAAAUUGGGAGGACAUCAGCAAGCAUAUUGAAACUAAGUCAGCCGAGGAUGCCAAGGAAGAGUAUGUAAAUAAGUUUGUCAACGGCACCAUUGGCAAGAAAACUUGGGAGCCGGCACAGACGCAGAGGCCAACGCUCGUCGAUCACACAGAAGAUGAUACGGGGCCAUUGGGCGCCAAUGCGCUUGCCCGCCUGCCACCCCUCGAGAUAAGUAGUGAGGAGGCGCUGCAAUUGGGCUACAUGCCCAAUCGGGAUAGUUUUGAGCGUGAAUACGAUCCCACAGCCGAACAGUUGAUCUCGACGAUAACAUUUAGCUCCGAUGAUGUGGAAGUCGAUGUCAUGUUAAAGCUGGCUCACGUUGACAUUUAUAUGCGCCGAUUGCGUGAGCGUGCAAGGCGGAAACGAAUGGUGCGCGAUUAUCAAUUGGUAUCGAAUUUUUUUCGCAAUCGCAACUAUGCCUUGCAUCCGGGUCUGAGCAAAGAGCAGAAAGAGUUCCGUGAUCGCUUUCGUGUCUUUGCCCAGUUCUACUCCAGCAACGAGUAUGAACGGCUGCUUGGCUCGUUGGAGCGCGAGAAGGAGCUGCGUAUUAGACAAUCGGAGCUGUAUCGCUAUCGCUACAAUGGCAUCACCAAAAUAGAUGACUGUCGUCACUUUGAGCAGCACGCCGCAAUGGCCACACAUCGUCCCACGGGACCCUAUGGGCAUGGCAAGACCGACAACACACAGCCCUACAGUGGAAGUCUUCGGCCGCUAAGCUCUUCCUUGCACUCCCCUCAGGCGAACCCCAGAAAGGCCGAACCGUUAAGCGGCGCCGAGGCAAGUUCAAGUUCAAUCGCACCAAGAAGCAUGCACCACAUCGGCGACCCGAUCUCCUCCGGCGCAUUAUUGCCCAACAGAAGUUACUUGGAUAGCUAUCGGACAUCGUCGGCAGCUACGACAACGAUGCUGCCGACGACAAUGGCGUCGGGGAUGGCGACGGCAACGACGACGUCGAUGGGAAUGGGGAUGGGACUGGGACUGGGAAUGGGGAUGGGCAUGGACAUGGGCAUGGGAGUGGGCAUGACGGUGGACUCGGCAAUGACAGCGACGGGAGCGACUUCCACGGCUACGACGACGUUAGCGAACCAGGCGAACCUGCCACAGUCGACAGCAGCAGCAGCAGCAGCAGUGAAGGGCAACCAACAACUUCAGCAGCUGCUGCCAGGCGUCGUCAAGUCGGAGCUGCAACUAAGCGAGGCCGCCGCCGCCGCCGGCAGCCUUAGUUUGCCAUUAGAUGAGCAGACGGAGAAACAGCAUCAUAGCAUGAGCUUUAUACUGCGCACCCAGCUGGACGAACUGAAGCGACUGCCAGAGCCGCUGGGCAGCAAUUUGCUCAGUCACAAUGAGAUGGAUGUGUGCAAGAAGCAUAAUAUAACGCCCACAACAUAUUUAUCCUUAAAGACGGUCUGCCUGAGCGGUGCUCCAUCUCUGGGCAGUCCCAUGGAAAUCUCGCUGCGCAAGUUCUUCAUCAGUUGCGGCUGGCUGAGCCAAUAAACAGGAUGAUAUCGUUGUUAUUAUUAUGUUUUUUUGCCGUUUGCGUUACACACUCCAAAAAGAAAACGCGAUUUCCUGCAUCAAAGACUUUAAUCUUUAUUUUAAUUUAUAGUUAUAUAGGUAAAAUGUAUGAUAAUAGAUCGCCCUAAACAAUUUUGUAUACUGUUUUGUACAGCUAAUUUCGUUGUUGCCAUCAUUUCAGGAAGGUAAACUACAAAACUUCAAUUUGUAUGUAUUUCAAUUUCACUUGUAUCAAGUCAGGAUGACACACAAAAUUUUUAUUUCCAGCGUGUAUUAAAACCCCCAAAUUCAGUUCGGGAAAACAUGAAAAUUGUUUACUUAAUAUAAUUAAAAUUUUCUUUUUAAACGAAUGUACACUAUAUAUGUAAAAUGUGAGGGAAAGAAGAGAGCUCAUUCAAAGUUCAAAUCCAGAUCAUUUGUACGGUUCGCGUAUGCUUAAGUAGGGCAUGGGGCAUCUAAACAAUUGUAUGUAGCCGCCAAAACGUAUGUGAGUAUUUAAUGAAGUGUAUAUGAAUCAAUAAAUGUAGUGAAUAAUAA